AUGUUCCACAGAUUGGCUUUCAUUUCCACUUUUCUCGCUUUGCUUUCGGUUUUCGCUAAAGCUGAUGACUCUGUAAGAUACUUCACCUCUAAUGGAGUUGUCUACAGCUACGCUAUCAUCACCAGCACAAUCAAGCCUGCAACAACAUACGUGGAGACAUUGUAUUACACAACAACUGAGGUGGUGCCCAUAACGUUGGCCGAUAAUAGCGUUAGUUCUUCCACCAAACAAGUCACUGAAGCAUCCACUGUGCAAUACACGAGUAGCGCUCAAGCCGCCGAGACGGCGGCCCAAAGUUCUGGAGGGAGUUUGAGCACUUCAUCCUCUACUAGCAUCACACCAGUGUCCUCUGAUACUUUCGUCUCAAGUUCUUCAACAAGUGCCACAGCAUCAUCCAACACAAUUUUGAGCCCACAGGGGAGCUCAUCCGGUCCUUCGCAACAGUCCAUCUCCCAAACCUCGUCGUCCAUUUCAUACUCUGGAUCUACCCCCACAGUUCCUGCCAGUUCUACCAUCACCUCAACUGCCUCGCCAGGUUCUAUUUCAAGUGUCGUCUCCACUGCUUCAUCUGGAUCUUCAACGUGGUCAAGUCCAUUCAGCCUGGUUACUGAAGCCACAUCGACUUACACCUCACAAAACGAAGACGGAUCUUGCACAGUGUACUUUGAUGAAGAGGACUAUGAAUACACUACAAUCUUCAUAACGGAUGAGAGUCAAUCGGUCGAUGCAUACACCACUUUCACUAGCACGAGGACUGUUUAUGAGACAAUUUCGGUUUAG